AUGUCAGCAACGUCCACUACCCAACCUGCCCGCCCCCCUAUAACUUGCCACGUCCUCGACACAACCACCGGUAGACCUGCUGCCAACCUGUCCGUCAAGCUUUCCUGCUGCGAUCUGCAAUCCGUUUUUUUCGAAGCGACCACGAAUCUGGAUGGUCGUAUCGGGGCGUGGAAAUACAAGCAGGGCGAUGAUGGGAUGGAAGGUAUGUACGAGGAGCAAAAUUGGGCCGUGACCAAGAUGAUGAAAAAAAUAAUCGAGGAGGAGGGCCAGGUGGAGAAACCAGGAGCUCGACCGCUGGGAACGAGCCUUUGGAAGAUGCAGUUUGAUACUGGUGCGCAUUACGGAGUUGCCAAUACUUUCUUUCCCGUGGUCGAGGUAUCUUUCCUGGUGAAAUCAGAGGAGCAUUACCACGUACCCCUUCUCCUGGGCCCGUACAGCUUCACCACAUAUAGGGGCAGCUAG